GCAGUGCUAAGACAUGCAAUCGGUGCAUUUAUAAAUUUGUAAAUAUUUAAAAACUAUCAUUCUCAAAGCUGACAGUGCUGACAGUACUCUGUGUCUAAUAAUAGCAAAUUACAUGUUUAAGCUUGUUUAAAUGAAUGGUAGUGAAUCUUAGCACAUCCUUUUAGAGGAGGACUGAAUUUUUGGUACAAAUUAAGUGACCUUUGAGUGCUGUGACACCAUGUGAAGUAGAUUUUUUUAAAGCUGGAGUUAUGAAGCCACAUAUGUCUGCCUUCUUGAUUGGUUUUCAUUUGUUUCGACUGCUUCCAUUAUCAUCUGAAAGCAUCAGUAUCAAUGGAACCAAAGGAGCUCCUUGGCUCUGGUCAUGCCAGCACACCCUCAGUGGACCAUUCGAUCAUACUAAAAGCCUCAUAUACUGGCAAAGCCAAGACUCUUCUCCCAUUGUUGUGCAUGCUUACGUAAAGGGAAAACAAGAGUUUCAACACCAAAACUCUUCAUUUGAAAAUAGGACUAAGAUCUUCCCUGAUCAAUUACCAUUUGGAAACUUCUCACUCAUCAUUACUAACCUGACACUGAAAGAUGACCAGAUCUCCCUCAAAGUUUUUUUUAUGCCAGGAAACAAUCCAUCAAAAGUUCAUCUCUGUCCAGUGACCCUGUAUGUAGCAGUUCCGUUCCAGGAUCCUAUAAUUGAGAUAAACCAAAAUAAGAUGAUAGCCUCAUGCAGAACGGCGGGAGGCUACCCUAAACCUGAUGUCACAUGGAGCGAUGGACAUGGACGUACAUUGGAAGCACAUAAAGUUCACACCACCAUAAUUCUUGAAAAAGACAACACCUUCAACGUCAGCAGCACAGCCAACAUCACAGGGUCAAACAACGUGACGUGCACAAUUUACAACCCAACCUCAAACCAGAUUCUGAGUGCUACUAAAGACAUAACACCUCCUACAGCAAAAAUACUUCGUUUUGCAGCUGCUCUGCCCCUUGCUGUCCUUGGUGCGAUUGCUAUCCUGGGCUGGAUUUUUUGCUCAGAUAUAAGAAGAAGCCAGAGACACAUGCAGAGGGAAGAAGAAUCAUCAGCUUCAGGGGCACAAGAUCAUCAGGCUCAGGGAAAUCCUGCUGAUGACUCUUCUGACAUGUCACAGAUGGAGAAUCAAAAUAUGCAUCAAAUGACGUCUCUACAUCAAAUGACGCAGAGCAAAAAAAGAAGUGACAGCCUGAAAAGUUUAGGUGAAACAAACACCACCGAAAGUGACAAAGACAAGUAAGAGUCAGCAGUAUAAAUCAAAACUGGAAUCAACACUAUUGCAGACAGUUGGUUAAUCAUAUUACUCUUUUUUUACGCCAAAUAUUUUAUGGUUCAACUGCCUUACUAGGAAUUUCUGUUAAAGUGGCCAGCAAAAUAACUGACACACAGCAGCGGAUAUCUAUGACAGAACAGUUUUGGGGAAGGCACUAUGCAUUUAUUAUUCCAACUGAAAUACAUGCCUUUCAUUUGCAUUAAACCUUGACUGUGCUGCUCUGCUGUGCUUUAUUAUGGCUACCAUUUCAAUGGUUUAGCAUCUUUAACAAGAAGAUUCUUGAACUGUUGUGUCAGACCAAAGCAUUUCAGCAUUUUCAACAGGAUCAAUCAAUGAGCCAGUCAAUAAAUCCAAAUUUAUUUGUAUGGCACUUUUCACAUAGAUAUGACCAAUAAUAGAAUAAAAUAAAUAAUCUGAAAGAAGUCAAGGUGAGGUCUGAAAAAAAAACAAUAAGAAAAAUGCUAAUUGAGAAACUGAGUGAGUAAAACCAGAAAUCCAUAAAAUGAAAGUAAAAUUAAAAUAUAAACCAGGUAACCAAUUAAAAGCCACAUUAAAGAGGAAGGUCUUGAGUUUGCUUUCUCUGCUGCCUUCAGGUCUUCUAGGAGGCCGGUCCAGAGACGUGGACCAUAGUAAUAAAAGGAGGCCUCAUUGUAGAUUUUUAUCUGACUUUAGGUUUAAUUAAAAGACCACGACCAUAAGACCUGAGGGUUUCCAGAGGGUUCAUAGGGUAAAAGCAAAUCCGAUAAAUAAAAAUAAAUAAUAAAUAAAUAAAUAAAUAAAUAGGUAGGAUCAAGACCAUUAUGAGCUUUAUAAACUUUUUCAACAUGACACUCAACAGAUCUGAGUCAAAGAUGACUCACAGGUUUUUACUUGGUUGAGUCAUUAUUCACUCUCUUGCCCUCCCACUGUUGAUUACUGAUCUUCAAAGUCUUGAUUUAAAAAACCAGUAUGAGUGGUUAUUUAACCUUUCAUAUGUGAUUACAUACUAAGUCAAUGCCAAGAUGUGAAUAGCCACGAAUACCUGUCUAAAUACAUGUUUAUAUUUAUAUUUUGUUCAUGCUGAUGUGAACAAAUGUCUGUCAAAGUCUUGUUUCCACCCUCUUGCAGCACUGGCAUCCUGUCUGUGUUUGCUGUGCACUACAGAAAAAUAUUACAGGAAGUGCAGGAAACGUGCAUUUUGUUAAUGUUGCCGUAGAGCACUUCUAAAGUGCACCAGUAGUUUUAGUACAGACCCACAGUGUCCACUGUAAGCUGUAUAAUGUAAGAAUCUGUUGUGAUUUAAUUUUGGAAUGAUCUAAUCUUAAAGGAGCGUAAAAGCUGAACACUGUGGUUUUACAGUAAUGGUGCAGCAACAGGAUGCAAGACUAGACAUAAGAAAAUUCCUGACAAAUCUCUACUGUGUUUUUGUGUUUUUGUGUUUUUUCUGUGUUCAUUUCAGGAUCUGAUGCAACAUUUGUGCUUGAUUAUGAAAAACACCAAUCCCACUGACUUAAAGAAUCAACGUUUUUUUUAUGAAAAAGACGAAAUAAAUUACAUUUGAUACUCAUUUGACGAGGCAAAGAAGAUA